CAGCAAUUUUCAUCAUGGCGAUUGCCGCAGCGGGAAAUGGCUUAAACUUGUGUCCCAAAAUACAAGAAGUCGAUUGGAGCAUAGAAUUAUUAUUACCUCAUUGGAAAUGCAAUAAAUUUAUUCAAUGCACCCACGGAGAGCCAGUCGAGAUGUCAUGCCCAGAUGGACUUUAUUUCAGCGUUAUCGAGGGAGUUUGUGAUUGGAGGGAGAACGUCGAUUGUGGAUUUAGGAUUGUACCUGAUGAGACGAAACCUGAUGAGGUGGAACCAAUACAAAGUACUACUAUUAAAGAUGACAAUAUAACAGAAGGAACCAUACAAACCGAACCUGAUACAACUGUAGAAGAUACAAGCAUCCCAGAGGAAAUCCAGACGGAAGUGCCUGAUUUUCCAGUUAUCGAAUUUCUACCGAAUGGAUGUCCGGUUGAUCCUGAGGUACAUUGGUUGCUGCCUCAUGAAACAUUCUGCAAUUUGUUCUACUAUUGUGUCCAAGGUGAAAGAGAGGUCACAAGUUGUCCUUUCUGGCUACAUUUCAACUGGGAACUGCAGAUUUGCGACUGGCCAAGAAAUGUGGAGUGCAUCGAAUUUAGAGAAUAA